AUGUCAGAGCCAAGUCUGUAUACGUAUGAAUCCCCUUUGAAAGGUUACGAAGGCCUCGAGCCACUGCCUAACGAAAAGGCAGACGACGGCAAAUCCUACGUUAACCCGCCUGCUGAAAAGAGGAGUGGAGCCUACACCUCUUUCGUAGCUCCCAUCACCAACGGAAUCCGAGGUGGCUUUGACAUUCACAUCUACUUCCUCCAAACCGACCCGGAAGAAACGAAAUAUGCCAAUGAACUCUGGGAACGUAUACGCCGGGAAUUUCCUGAACUACGAAUCUAUAGAGUCUGGGAUAAGCCAAUUGGACCGCAUCCCAUUGCCAUGUUCGAGGUCAAUGUCUUUACACCCGAACAAUUUGGUGCGUUUAUUCCGUGGCUGGUAAUCAACAGAGGGCCAUUAUCCGCUUUGAUUCACCCCAACACAGGUGAUGAUGAGAGAGAUCAUUCACAGAGGGCGACCUGGAUGGGACAGCCACUACCUAUCAAUUUGAAGAUGUUCAAGCGCAUUGCCGCUGCCAAGGUUUAA